AUGCCGUUGAGUUCGGAGCGCCCCAAUGUCCGUCUCUCACCCAACCUGGUGCAUCGAGACCAUCAAAUCUUCCACAACGAUGACUCCCGAGAGACCCACGUCGUCGAAAACACCGUCUCGAGUCCGUCAGGAAAUGACGAUGUCGCAGACGAAGGGCGAAAUAACGCCUCGCUUGCUGAAGCUUUGGAAUCCCACAGCCCGUUCAAUCGUCAUCGAGCUUUUUAUGCCGGGGAUCCGCAGGGCGUUGUCCAAUCCGUCAUGGCUAUCUGUGCCGAUCAAGACCCGGAACCGCAAGGGAUCAGACCUGUUGUGCACCAUCAACGCAACGCGCCGAAGCCGAAGAAGGCGUGGCAGACCAACGACCUCAUCUACCUCCAGAGCAAGGGAGUCUUUGACCUACCCUCGGCAGAGGUGUGUGAUGCCCUGGUCCAGAAGUACUUUGAGCACGUCCACCCUCUGCUGCCUGUCAUUGACGCCGGCCACUUCUUGUCUCAAUAUGCCCGCAACGGGGCGACAGCCAUGAAUCUGCUCUUACUGUGGAGUGUUCUCCUUGCUGCUGCAAACUUUGCCACUCCGGAAGAUUUGCAGACGGCGGGUUAUCCUUCAAGGAAAGCGAUGAAGCGUGCACUAUACGCCAGGGCCAAGGCAUUGUACGACAGCGACUACGAGGACGACAAGGUGUGCGUGGUCCAAUCCGUGACGCUGCUGGGCUUCUGGUACUCGGAUCCCGAAGACCGAAGUGGGCCGUGGCACUGGAUGGGCAUCGCCAUCGGUCUUUGUCAAGUCAUGGGACUCUACCGCACGCCGCGGUCGGGCUCACUAAGUCCAUAUGCCACUCUUCGGUCACGUCUUUUCCGCCGGAUCUGGUGGUCGUGCUUCAUGAGAGACCGUUGGCUGUGCCUGGGCCUGGGACGCCCGAUGCGCAUCAACCUCGAGGACUGUCAGGUGCAAAUGCCCGAGCCCGACGACAUCACCAUGGAGCUGGGCGACCUGGACCCGGACGUCGCCGCCAAGUACCUCCCCGCCGCGAUGCCAGAGCACGCGGAAAUCUGGGUGCGGUUGAUCCAUCUGAGUGUGGUCCUGGGUAAGAUCCUCCGGCAAAACACACGACCGCCUUUCGACCAUGAUUGCUUUCGGUCGUGCGAGACCGACUUGGAAAACUGCCGGUCAUCGGCACGAGGUCUGGACCAUCAGAACGAAUUUUCCGUGGCGUCCUUGAACGAGUUCCAGUUUGAACUCCUGAGACAAGCGGUCAUCAUCGUGCUACAUCGGUCGAGGAUCAAUUUCCGAGAUCCGCCCGACAGCGUCAAGACACCUGAACAGGUAGAGUCGCUCCGCAAGGCUCGCUCGGCGGCGGUCCGAAUCAAUCACCUUGUCGAAAUGUUGAUCGAACAGGACAUGGUCCAGUAUUUGAGGCCGAUGAAGUUGAGUCCCUCCAUGAAGAUUGCCACUUCUCUCGUUUUAGAAGCACACGCUUGCUGA